UUCACAGCGUGCGGUUCUAUUCUGUGCACGAGUCCAAAUAGUCACCUUUUUCAAGUGUGUGAGUAUAAUCGCGAGCGUGAAUUUGAUUUCUCUCUCUCUGCGUAUAAAAAACAUUUGACCACAAAUCGUUGUAAUUACAAAAUCCCUACAAUCAAUCGAUUGGAUGGGAGUUUUGCGACGACUUGCCACUUGUGACCAUUGUGGAUGAGACCCAAGUUGGCAGCAAAGCAAGAUGGACGCGCACGUUGGUGUACGUUUGUGUGAAAAAGCCGGGAGAACAUUUUGUACCGUGUAUCUUGUACUACAUAUAUAUUUCUUAUAUUUUUACUUUGUUUGAAAAUAAAAGAGUGUUUACUUCUUGGUUUUCUCUUGAUAAUAUUUGACAUUUUUGUGAAGAUUAAAAAAUACAAAAGAAAAGAAUCGUUGGUUUUCAUCGUACGUCGAAACUUGUAUAUAUGAGAUUGUAUUGCAUGUACACAACACAACAUAUAAACACGUGAUUAUUUUCUUGAUUGAGUCAUGAGUGGACAUGAAUUGAGAUCAAAAGCAUUUAAUCGCGCCGCAAACAAUUUGGUGAAUAAAUUGAAUGCUACAUUUCUAAAAAAUUAUCCUCAUCAUGUAAUGCCUGGUUACAACAUGAACAAAUUAUCAGUUACGAAGCAAUGGAAUGAAGAAACUGCACUGGAGUUUUAUCAAGAGUUUCCAUAUAGCUGUGAAUUACCUAAACCAUUAUUGCCCCCAGCAAGGUUGCCAAGAACAGUACUUAGUGAAGAAGAUCCAAUCUUGCAGCUUCUUGCUGUCAAAAGCCAUUUAAAAGAUGAUUUGAAAAGGAUAAUGAAUUAUUAUGAAAAACACAAGCAAGAAUUUGAUAAAAUAAAGAAGAGAAUAAAAUGGAACAGAGGACAUAAUGGAUAUAGUGCACAGAUACCUAGAUAUAUUGCAGAUAUAGCAGAACUAAUUGAUAUGGAUCCUGAUCCUUCUUUUGAAGGGACUUAUAACUGGUACUACACCGGUGGAUCAUUAAGUCAUGUUUGUCUUAAUGGCUGGGAUGUUCUAAUAUUUCCGUUUAUGGGAGAAUUAGUCGCUGCACACAUUGCAUCCAUGGGCGAUUUCAUAUGGAAGCCAAUAAUGAAAAAUUCAGCAAAGUGUGAAUUGAAAAAUGGAUUGAAAUUAUAUGAAACUAGACAGAGUAAAGUUAAUAAUACAUGCCGAAUUUUAGGAAGGUAUAAAAAUUAUUGCACUUUGUAUAUGCUCUCACAUUCUGAGGAUCAUUUAAAACUUGAUGAAAUUCACCAGCAAGCAAUUAAAAUACCGUAUAUCAGUGCUGAUUUGAGCUUGACUGACAACAGCCAUCAUUGCACACUAAACAUAGAAGGAAUAUUGUCUUUAUGGGAUAUAAACAGAAUAUUUCCUAUUAGCACUGGUUCUGUACCGAAGAAUAUUUAUGAUCCUUGGAGGUGUAUAAGAUAUCAGGAAAUGGAUGCAAAUAUUUUAAUUUGCGUGGACAGAUGUUGUUUACAUUAUCUCGAUACCAGAAUUGCUGUUGAUUCGCCAUGUCUUACAUUGUGCCCGAAAGGUAAUUUGGAAAAUUGCGAGAUACUUUCAAUAGAAGCACCGAGUAAAAACGGUUAUUGCCGAUAUUUGGGUACUUCUCAUUCUUUUCUGACGUAUGACAGUCGAUCUCCGAAUCAGUGUGUACGUCAAAAAUGGACGCAUCAGUUCAAGGACACUCCGUUAUUAGCGGCCGUAACUACCAGUGACUAUAACGAAAUUAUUGUCUUAUCAAGUCAGAGAGUCGGCGAGAACGCAAUAAUUUUGAAUACUUGGCUAGACAAGGAAGUAUCUCAUUCCUUUAAUUUGCCUUUUGUGCCUCCAAGCAUCGUGGAAACGCUGAAUGCUUCUCAAGUUCAAGGAUUAUGCUUAAAUCCAUAUCUGAAAAACAGAUUUGAAUUGUGCAACGCCGGUAGCACAUUGGUUUCAAGUACAGGAGAACUGUUUUAUUUCGUUCAAAAUUCAAUUGGUGAUAUAUUUUAUCAGUGCAUAACGCACGAAGACGCACUGGACAAAUAUUCUCCCGUAAACAACAAAUCUUGUUACGCUUUAGAUGUAUGGGCCAAGACUCUGUCGAGUCAAUCCGAGCCGCUUGUACCUUUGGCGCUUACUAAGAAGUGCAAUAUGCAACACAUAUAUGAAAAUUUUACCAAUAGAAAGUUACGUUUGAAAACCGAUCGAGAGAUCGCGGAUUCUUUCGAACUGAUUUGGAAACAAUCGUUGUCAAUGUUGGGAUCGUAUGUCGAUUUAUUAGCGCCGGAGCUUCUCGCGGUUUGGGAAAUGCGCGAAGAGCUAACGGCGCCGGUAGUGACGGGAUUUAAUCAAAAGGUGAUCAACUGGCUGGAAUCGUCGACAGCAAAUGUACCUACGCAGUCGCAAGAUGACGAGGAGUCGUCUACACCUGUAGUCAAUACUCAAGAAUUAAUCAGUGUAUCUCAGGAAUACAAUCUCGCAUACAUCGAGGACAGCGAUAUGCUGCAAGACAUGCUGUUGCCAGGAAUUAGAUCAGGACCAAGACAAGCAACGUUUAGUCAGAACAGAUAGUUUUAUAAUAAAGACAUGUACAUAUGUACAUAAUCAAAAUUUUUCUGUUUAUAUUGUUUAUAACAUACAAAC